CCUGUGCUGUUUACAGGCUACUGGGUGAAAGGUCGCGGGAUCAGAACCCGGUUCGGAGUCAGAUCACAUAAAGAUGCAGUAACACUGCACUGCGUCUAUCCUGUAAUAACAACACUAACAUCUGGACUUCAUCACCAGCUGUUUGCUUCUUGCUUCUUGAUUAUAUGGUGUCUUUUCUCCUUGCAGAUCGUUACAUCUUACUUUGAGGUAUAAUAAUGGAUAAUCAGGCAUUUGAAUCUGUGGCCGAGCGAACUUUCCAGUAUCAGUCCACGCUGCCACCGCUGCCCGUGCCGUCCCUGGAGGAAAGUCUCCACAAAUACCUGGACGCAGUGAAGCCAUUUGCCUCUGAGCAUGAGUUUCGCAACACAGCAGCCAUCGUGAAGCGCUUUGCUGAGGGAAUCGGGCAGCAUCUUCACCAACGACUCCUACAGCGAGCCAAGAGCAGGCGCAACUGGCUGGAAGAAUGGUGGUUGGACACGGCGUAUUUGGAAGUUCGAAUCCCGUCUCAGCUCUAUGUGAACUUCGGAGGACCAGGGCCGUACCUGGAGCACUGCUGGCCGGCGUGUGAGGGGACGCAGUUGGAGAGGACCAGUCUGGCGACGUGGCUCACGCUUCAGUACUGGGACCUCAUCCGCACGGAGAAGUUGGCCGUCCAUAAAGCAGGAAACAUGGCCUUUGACAUGGAUCAGUUCCGCAUGCUCUUCUGUACCUGCAAAGUACCUGGAAUUAACAAGGACAGCAUUGUCAACUACUUCAAGACAGAAAGCGAAGGCCCGUGUCCUUCUCACCUCAUAGUGAUGUGUCGUGGCAGAAUCUUCACUUUCGAUGCUCUCUGUGAUGGACGCAUCCUCACUCCUCCUGAAUUACUGAGGCAGCUGACCUACAUUAAACAGAGCUGUGAUGGAGAGGUCUGGGGUGAUGGAGUGGCCGCUUUGACCAGUGAAGAGAGGACGAAAUGGGCUAAGGCACGGGAGCAUCUGAUCUCAAUCGAUCCUGUCAAUAAGAACAUACUGGAGACCAUCCAAAGCUCGUUGUUUGUUCUCACACUGGACGAUGCAAAGCCAUAUUCCACCCCGGAGAAUUACACCUCGAUGACCCUGUUGGCUCUGACAGGAGACCCCACUGUCCGCUGGGGUGAUAAAUCCUACAACUUCAUCAGCUUUGCCGACGGCACCUUCGCCUCAAACUGUGAUCACGCACCCUAUGAUGCCAUGGUCUUGGUGUCAAUGUGUUACUACAUGGACCAAAAAGUGAAGGCCGUCAGUGGAAAAUGGAAGGGUACAGAAGUGGUACGAGACCUUCCUGAUCCAGAAGAGCUUGUGUUCACUGUAGAUGAAAAAGUCAGGAGAGACAUUACACUGGCAAAAGAGCAGUACAGCAAAAGUACUCAGGAUCUGCAGGUCAUCUGCUAUGCCUUCACCUCUUUUGGGAAAGCAGCGAUCAAGAAGAAGAAUCUUCACCCGGACACAUUCGUUCAGCUGGCCAUGCAGUUAGCGUACUACAGGCAACAUGGAAAACCUGGGAGUUGUUAUGAGACCGCCACCACACGCCGUUUCUAUCAUGGCCGCACAGAGACUAUGAGGCCGUGCACAGUCGAAGCCCUACACUGGUGCAAAGUCAUGCUGAAUCCCUCGGCAACUACUGAAGAGAAAAGACAAGCGCUGCUUCGUGCUUUCAACAAACACAACAAACUGAUGGAUGAGGCUCAGAAAGGAAAAGGCUUUGACCGGCAUCUUUUGGGCCUGUACCUGAUCGCCAAGGAGGAGGGACUUCCAGUUCCUGAGCUUUACUCAGACCCUCUCUACUCUAAGAGCGGCGGAGGAGGGAAUUUCAUCCUUUCCUCCAGCCUUGUUGGCUACACGACUGUUCUGGGGGCCGUCUCUCCCAUGGUGCACCACGGCUAUGGCUUUUUCUACCGCAUCCGUGACGAUAGGAUUGUUGCUUCCUGUACAGCCUGGAAAUCCUGCCCGGAGACAGACGCUGAGACGUUCUUUCAGAACUUGUGCACCUCCUUCCAUGAUAUCAUGCGGGUCACGACCCUGUCUCACCUGUAGAGUAAAGCUGUCUGGGAAAUGGAGUCCUUUUAGUACGGUUUCAACUUCAUGUAGACAAGCUAGCAGUGAUCAAAGUGCCUUUAAUUGUAUUAAACCUCAGGCUUUCACGCAAUACAAUACGAUUUAGAGUAAAUGAGACGAUAUCUGAAUCUGCUACCAUAUGAUAUGAUUCAAUUUAGCAGCCUUUGAUCAAACUUUGUUCAGAAUCUGUUGUAGGCCUACUGUUAAUUCGUGAAUGAUAAUUACAUAAAAUAGGACUAUUUUGAAAGUAUCGUGGUUAUGGGAAAGUCAUCUAGAUAGACAAUUAAAUUGUUUACGCAUCAGUUUAAAAAUAUGAAUUAUUUUUACACAGCAGUUGUUUGUCCUUCAAUAAUAAUCGAUUGUGAUUGUUGUAUCAAUUAAUUUCGAUCAUUGCUUUUUAAUUCAACGCAUCAAUCCAAAACAUCAGAUAGUUUCACCCCUAGUAAUCAACGAAGAAUAAAAAAAAAAUUAACAGAAUAUUCGUGACAGGUUUUGUUUGACCAAAGGCACUUGUAAUAAUCUUUCAUAUUGUUGCCUUUAGGUGUUUUACACCUCACCGCUUGCUGUUGAAGAAAAAACUGCGAUGAGCACUAUGUGCAAGUCUCAUAAACUAAGGUAUUAUUCAGAUUUUGUUUAGUCUUUCAUUAAAAAAUUCUAUCUUUUAAAUUAGGAAUUUUUGUUUAGCAUUGCGUUGGUACUCUUUAAUAAAUCUCUGCAUAUGUUACAGGUCAAGAAGAUGUAAUAUGUAGAGCUUUAAAUGGAACAGUUUAAGUGCUCUUACUGUAGUUUACCAACAUAAAUGAGAGAGUAAUGUAGAGAGGAUUUAGUACAUCAGUGGAAUUGCUUAAAUAAAAAGCUGUAUUGAGUAAAAGCAAUUAGUUCUGCGUUGAAAUGAAUUCUGAAUCACUGUAAAUUCAGUUGAUGGCAACGUCACUUACCGUUGUUAGGAUUUACAACAUAAAUGUAGUUGAUCGGUCUUCGACCUUAAUUAGGGCUAUACAAGUUUUCCAACUUGAAAAAAAAAGAAAAAAAAAAAAAAAACCAGAAGAUGGACGAGACAGCUAAAUUUUUUUUAGACAAUAAGAAAAUAGGGAGGCAAAAGUCCAAUGUGAACACUACUUAAUAAUCCCCUUUAUUCUAUAGACCACAGAGCCCACAGUCCCUCCCAUUUGGUUUCUGUUGGCUCACACUACUGAAGCUCUUGAUUUCACAGCAAUAAAUUCAGCACAAAAUGAAAUUAACUGCUACCAUGAGCACACGCCUGUUUCACGUCCUGUAUCUUUUCCCCUUUAGUGAAAAAAUCAGAACUGCUUCGGUUAAAGUGUAAAUAUUGCCCUGUCUGGAUUUGGUGGUUAAUUAUCUAAUGUGUUCAUGUAAACAGUGCUGUCUCUCUCUGUGUAUGUGAAAUGCGCAAAGAACCAGAUGGUUCAGUUCAUUACCUGGUAUUACCUUAUGGAUUUAAACUUUAUCCAAAGCUGCUUUAGAGAAAGUGAUGAGGAUUACACAGAAAAUGCAACACAACAUUGAUAUAUAUUGAAUGUAUAGAAAACAUGAUAAACCCCCCUGCAAAGAUCAAUGCAAGUGAACAGAAACAAUGCAACCAUUCUUACUUCAUUUCAUUUCUGUAAUUAGUUUUCUGUUAUAUACUGUUUUGCUCAUUUUAAUUUUAAUCUCAAGUGAAAUGUUCUUCUUUCUUCUGUGCUAUAUCACUGUAUUUUGAGUAUCAAUCAAGAGUAAAUUCUUUAUAUUUUGUUA